AUAUAACACAUUCUUCGUUUUCUUCUUCUCAAUCUCAUUCUCUCUCUCUCUCUCGCUCUCUCUCUUCAUGCUCUGAUUUCAAGCUCUGAGACUGAGACUCCCAAUCAACCAUCAACGCGCACCACCAUUCACAUUAUUCUCUCUCUGUUUUCUCUAUUUCCAUUGUUCUUUCAUUCCGUUAAUUCAUUUCUCUUUUUCAGGGUUUCGUUUUUAAUCUUCUUCAACCAUGGACGCGGGAGCGUGGAGUUCUUCCACCAAGAUCAAAUCCCGAUCCCCCUUCCAAGAUCAUUUCCACCGCAGAAGAAGUUCUCAAGAAAACUUGGACAGGUUCAUUCCGAAUAGGUCAGCCAUGGACUUCGAUUACGCUCACUACAUGCUCACUGAGGGUAACAGGAAGGGCAAAGAAAACCCUAUGAUGACGUCACCAUCCCGAGCAGCCUACCAGAAGCAACUCGCUGAGGCCUUCAAUAUGAACCGCACUCGAAUCUUGGCCUUCAAGAACAUGCCUCCAACUCCCGUUGAACUCAUUCCCAAGGCUAUCCUUUCCUCUCCUCAAUAUAAAGCCUCUAAGCCCAAACGUUACAUUCCGCAGAGUUCUGAGAGGACGUUGGAUGCUCCUGAUAUACUAGAUGACUUUUAUUUGAAUUUAUUGGAUUGGAGCAGCAGCAAUGUUCUUAGUAUUGCACUUGGGAAUACUGUGUAUCUAUGGAAUGCAUCUGAUAGUUCUACUGCAGAACUUGUUACUGUGGAUGAAGAAGAUGGUCCUGUGACAAGUGUUAGUUGGGCUCCUGAUGGGCGUCAUUUAGCCAUUGGUUUGAACAAUUCUCAUGUCCAGCUGUGGGAUUCUGAUUCUGCUAGACUGCUAAGAACACUGAAAGAUGGACACCAAGCACGGGUGGGUUCCAUGGCUUGGAACAAUCAUAUCCUCACAACUGGAGGAAUGGAGGGUAGAAUUGUCAACAAUGAUGUUAGAGUAAGAUUUCAUAUUGUUGAAAGCUAUAGGGGUCAUCACCAGGAGGUGUGUGGGCUCAAGUGGUCUCCCUCGGGACAACAAUUAGCGAGUGGGGGCAAUGAUAAUGUUAUUCACAUAUGGGACAGGUCUAUGUCCAAGUCGAAUUCGCUGACCCGGUGGCUUCAUAAGUUUGAGGAGCACAGAGCUGCUGUAAAGGCACUGUCUUGGUGUCCAUUCCAGGCAAAUCUACUAGCUUCUGGUGGAGGCGAGGGUGAUCAGUGCAUUAAGUUCUGGAAUACCCAUACCGGUGCAUGCUUAAACACUGUUAACACAGGCUCACAAGUGUGCGCUCUACUGUGGAACAAGAAUGAGCGUGAGUUGCUUAGCUCGCAUGGUUUCACACAGAAUCAGCUCACUCUUUGGAAAUACCCUUCAAUGGUGAAGAUGGCAGAGCUCAAGGGUCAUACCUCCAGGGUGCUGUUCAUGGCUCAGAGUCCAGAUGGGUGUACUGUGGCCUCCGCGGCAGGGGACGAGACCCUGCGAUUUUGGAAUGUCUUUGGAACCCCAGAAGCUACCAAACCAGCGCCCAAGUAUAAAAUUGAGCCCUUUGCUCAUGUGAACCGUAUUCGUUGAAUAUAUUGCCAGAUUUUGUAUUUGUAUUAAAAUAAAAAAUAAUUUAUUUUUUAAUAUUGCCUUGACCAUUUUUUUUGUACAUAUAUUCUGACAAAUAUAGAAACAUACAUACAUUUGUAUAGUGGGCAAAGUUGUCUGUGUAUAGAAAGAAAUCAUAACUUACAUGAAAUGAAUGUUUAUUAUU